ACAAACACCGCACAAACAACUUUCGUUAAAAAUUAAUGGAAAAAUAUAUGAUUAUUUUAUAUUUAAUAACUGUACCAAUUAUAAAUAUUAAUAAGCAAGAUGACUGUACGAAAAACAUCGUUUGCCGUUUCAGAAAAAUCCAAACCCGAAACGUAUCGUGUUUAUAAACGUCGUUGGUUAAUGAUAUUCAUUUUUGCUGCAAUAUAUUUCAUAAAUUCAGCACAUUGGGUUCAAUAUACAAUAAUUGCGGAUACAAUUAAGAAAUUUUACAAUGUGGAUACGACAAUGGUUAAUAUGACUUCUGUGGUGUAUUUAGUCCCAUAUUUACCAUUAAUACUACCAGCAUCUUACUUAAUCGACAAAAAGGGUGUCCGAUUUACAUUAUUACUAGCAGCCAUUGGUAAUUUUUUUGGAUCCUGGUUAAAAGUUUUUUCUGCACAUCCCAAUGGAUUUUAUAUUGGAUUAACUGGCCAAACAAUAUUGGCUAUAUCACAAUUAUUUAUUUUAAGUUUGCCACCAAAAUUAGCUGGGAUAUGGUUUGACAAACAUCAAAUGAGUACAGCCUGUACAAUUGGAGUAUUUGGUACACAGUUAGGCAUAGCAACCAGUUUUUUUUUGACACCUAUUGUUGUCCAAGACCAUGAUAAUUUGGACAGUAUUGGAGAUGAUUUAUAUAGGUUGUUUAUAUUUAUGGCCAUAUAUACAACAGUUAAUUUAAUUAUAACUAUUUUAUUUUUCCAAGAAGAACCACCAACACCUCCAAGUGAAGCUCAAAAAUUAAAAAAACAAGAAAAUUCCAAUCCUAUUGAAUCCUUUAAGAAAUUAUUAACGAAUCAACCGUUUGUAAUGCUGCUUUGUGCUUAUUCCAUAAAUAUUGGAAUAUAUAAUACCAUAAAUACGUUAUUAAAUCCAAUACUUGUAGAGCAUUUUAAAAUCAAUGGCGCCCAGUUCGCUGGUCGUAUUGGAGUUGUGUUUGUGGCGUCUGGAACUUUCAGUUCAGUUGUUUUUGGAAUGAUCUUAGACAGAACUAAAAAGUUUAAGGAAGUUACGGCCGUUGUCUACUUCAUGUCAGUGGUCGGAAUGUUGGCAUUUACUUUUGCAGUGAUAUCUGAAAAUAAAUUAUUUAUUUAUUUAUCUGCUUUAAUGUUUGGAACUUUCGUAAGUGGUUACUUAGUUGUGGGAUAUGAAACGGGUGUUGAAUUAACAUAUCCUGAAAGUGAAUUUAAUUCAUCUGGUUUAUUAAUUGGAGUGUCUUCAAUGGCAGGAGUAAUUUUCACGUUUUUAUUUACAUAUAUUUUGGAGACAACCAGUGAUUUCUGGGCCAACAUGGGUAUGGCUAUGUUAUUGAUGGUUGGAACCGUGCUCACAUUAUUUACACGUAAUGUUCGUAAACGACAAGAAGCUUUAGAUCCGUCAAAACUUAAGCAACAUAUUGAAAAGAAUACGGAAAAAUUUUAAAGCUAUGCGGAUAUUUAUUGGAUCUCUCUAGGAAUAAUAUAAUGGAUCUUUUAAAGAUAGUUCAGAAAAUUUAUGAGCUCUAUAGUAUGACUAUAUUUAUAUUUGCAAAGAAAUACCUUAUUUGUUCAAUUACUGAAAGAGCUGUUUAAUUAACGUGAAAUUUGUUUGUGAAAUCUACUCACAAAAACUGUGAAGUCUGUUCACAAAACUUUAACUUUAUUGAACUAUGAAUAGAAAAUUUGUGAACUUUGAACAAGCGGAAAAGCUUACAUGUAUUUAAUUUUAUAGAUCUGACAAAAUUAGUUAUUAAGAA